CUUCCUCCCUCUCUCUCUCUCUGGAAUGUAUCACACGUGGCAAAAACCCCCCAGAAAACUUUCUCUGUUUUUCACGAACUUUCUGCAGAGAGAAAAAAAGAAAAAGAAAAUCUCAGCGCCCUCGUUUCCAUUUGUCCUCCUCUGAUUGGCCCGCGCUCCUCUCCGGCACGCGGACUGCUCCGGGUCCCCGUCCAUCAACAGUGCCGCCCCGUCAUUGGCUGACGCCUCAGAAAGGGGGCGGGUAUGUGCCUCCCUCCGUCGUGCUGUUUCCUGACUCCUGACUCCGGAGUAUCGCGGGAGCUGCGGACCGACGAGCCCACUCUCGUGUCCGGGCCGAUGGAGUGAUCGACCGAGGAAGAGGAGGAAGGAGAAAGUGUCGCUUCACAGUUUGACUUGUGACAAGAAGAAGAAGAAGAAGAAGCUGUCGACGCCAUGUUUCCCCGUCGCCUCCUCUGGCUGCUGGCUCUCUGCUCCUCAUCCUCCUUCUUCCUCUCCUUCCUCCCGAGCUGCGUGUCCGCCGAGGAGCGGACCCUCUCUCCAGACAAUCUGCUGGUCAUCACCGCGGCAACUGAGGAGACGGACGGCUUCAGCCGCUUCAUGAGGACGAUCAGAGAGUUCAACUACACCGUGAAGGUGCUGGGUCUGGGGGAGGACUGGAAGGGGGGUGACGUGGCCCGGACGGUGGGUGGAGGUCAGAAGGUGAGAUGGUUGAAGAAGGAGCUGCUCAAACACUCUGACAAGAAGGACAUGGUCAUCAUGUUCGUGGACAGUUAUGAUGUCAUCUUUGCGUCGGGUCCGGACGACCUGCUGUCCAAGUUCUCUCGUCUGGGCCACAGAGUGGUUUUCUCAGCCGAGGGAUUCUGCUGGCCCGACCAGCGGCUGGCCGCCAAGUACCCAGUGGUGCAUACUGGGAAACGCUACCUCAACUCAGGAGGAUUUCUGGGCUACGCUCCCGACCUCAGUGCGAUCGUCCAGCAGUGGAAGUACAAGGAUAACGACGACGACCAGCUCUUCUACACCAAGAUCUACCUGGACAAGACGCAGAGGACCAAGUUCAACAUGACCCUGGAUCAUCGAUCCCGAAUCUUCCAGAAUCUGAACGGAGCUGUUGAUGAAGUCGUCUUGAAGUUUGAGAAGGCCAAGGUCCGAGCGAGGAACGUCGCCUUCGACUCGCUGCCCAUCGUCAUCCACGGCAACGGACCCACCAAGCUGCAGUUGAAUUACCUCGGGAACUACGUCCCCACGGCCUGGACCUACGAGAGCGGAUGUGGGAUCUGCGACGACGACCUGCUGCUCAUCAACGACGUGCCUGACGUGGAGAUGCCUCUGGUUUACGUGGCCGUGUUCAUCGAACACGCCACGCCGUUCAUGGAGGAGUUCCUGGACCGGCUGACCACGCUCAACUACCCCACAGCGAGGAUCCGCCUCUUCAUCCACAACAACGUGGUUUACCACGAGCGUCACAUCCAGAGGUUCUGGGAGCGUCACAGGUCGCUGUUCCCCGACGCCCUGCUGGUCGGACCGGAGGAGAACCUGCAGGAGGACAAGGCCCGGAACAUGGCUGUCGAGGCGUGUAAGAAGGAUCCAGACUGCGAUUAUUACUUCAGCAUCGACUCCGACGUGGCCUUGACGAACCCAGACACACUGAGAAUUCUCAUAGAGGAGAACAAGUCCGUCAUCGCUCCCAUGUUGUCCCGACACGGGAAACUGUGGAGUAACUUCUGGGGAGCGCUGAGUCCUGAGGGAUUCUACUCCAGGUCCGAGGACUACAUCGAGAUCGUCCAGGCAAAGAGGAUAGGUCUGUGGAACGUGCCGUACAUCACCCAGUCUUACCUGAUCAAAGGCAGCGUGCUGCGGUCCAAACUGUCCAAGGUGAGCCUGUACGUGGGCGAGAUGGACCCGGACAUGGUCUUCUGCAAGAGUGUCCGAGACCAGGUAACGCACCGCUCGCCUCCCGACUACCGGCCGCAUCACACAGAAGUAAUUGAUUCAUUAACGAAAGGUAAAACCUCAUGUCCGCAGGGCGUCUUUAUGUUUGUGUCCAACCGCGACGAGUUCGGUCGCCUGGUGGCGUCGGCCAACUUCAACACGUCCCGGCUUCACCCGGACAUGUGGCAGAUCUUCGACAACCCUGUGGACUGGAAGGAGAAGUACAUCCACGAGAACUACUCCAAGAUCUUUGAGGAUGAGAAGACCUCCGUGGAGCAGCCCUGUCCAGAUGUUUACUGGUUCCCAGCAUUCUCUGAGAAGAUGUGCGAUCACCUGGUGGAGACCAUGGAGGACAAUGGCGAGUGGUCCGGUGGAUCACACAAGGACGAGCGUCUGGCCGGCGGCUACGAAAACGUCCCGACUGUGGAUAUUCACAUGAACCAGAUCGGCUUUGAGAAGGAGUGGCUCAAAUUCCUCAAGGAGUACAUCUCCCCCGUCACUGAAAAACUCUAUCCUGGAUAUUACCCCAAGGCUCAGGCCAUCAUGAACUUCGUGGUGCGUUACCGUCCCGACGAGCAGCCGUCUCUCCGACCGCAUCACGACUCCUCCACCUUCACCAUCAACAUCGCCCUGAACAGUAAAGACGUCGACUACGAGGGCGGAGGCUGCAGGUUCCUGCGGUACGACUGUAAGGUGGAGUCUCCUCGGAAGGGCUGGUCCUUCAUGCACCCCGGGCGGCUGACCCACUACCACGAGGGCCUGCCCACCACGAGUGGAACCAGAUACAUCAUGGUGUCCUUUGUCGACCCCUGACCCCUGACCUCUCUGUGUGUGUGUGUGUGUGUGUGUGUGUGUGUGUGUGUGUGUGUGUGUGUGUGUGUGUGUGUGUGUGUGUGUGUGUGUGUGUGUGUGUGUGUGUGUGUGUGUGUGUGUGUGUGUGUGUGUGUGUGUGUGUGUGUGAGAGAGAGAGAGAGAGAGAACGAACAUCAGUCUGCCUCUUAGUCACAGGUAACGACGGACUGGCAGAGGAGAUGUGAGGACCUUGAAUGCAUCAGACCUUGUUUUUGUUUUAUUUCUGAUCGGAUGAUGUGACGCGUCGUCGCCCGUCACUCGUUCAACCAGCUGUGAUCACAUGAUUCACGUCUGUGUGACAUUUCAGAGUAAGAGUCACUUUAUUUUAUAUUUUUAUUUUCAGUCAUCAUUUCAAAAUGAGAGUGUCUUGUCACCGCGCUGCCUUCUCUCAACGUGAACACAAGCUGAAGCUAUGCAAGCAGAACACACUCCCGUCAUCCUGCAGGGGGCGCUCUCCCACAGCGUCCUCUACAGGAUCAACAUCGUCACAAAGACCUGGUCAGGUGGAUGUUGGGAUGUAACCGUGGCGACCAGUUCCUCGGCCAAUCAGAUCACUUGGACUUAGCUUCGAUAGAGUCCUUAAGGUUUGACUCCCUGACAAAGGAGGAAAAAAAUAGAUAAAAGUCAAAAAAGACUUGAACAGAAAUGUUUUUUAUUUUUUUUCAAAAGGGGAAGAAAGUAAAUAUGAACAAUAAAGUAUUUGUAUGUCAAGUGUUUGUCUAAAGUCUGAACUGAGGUGAAACUCUGUGUUAAGGUAUUUUAAACUGUUACAAGACCUUUUAUUCUAUAUUUUAAUGUUUUAUUCUUAAGUGUUUAGUCUUUUAAAUUCAUUUGUGUCUUUUUUAACUUCCUGUUUCAUCACGUAGCCGCGGUGCAGGUGUGAGUCCGUUUGCUCCUCUCGGCUCGUCUCCUUAUUUAAAACGAGAAUGUGUGGAGUUGGUCCGAGGGGACGGGGUGUUUCCGCCCGACGACGCCUGAACUCUCCUCGCCGCCUUGUGUCUGUCCACACGAGCGAGGAGUCGCCUUUUUCUCCGGCUUUGUACAAACUGCAUUAAGUUAUUUUUUAAUGACUGCUUUGAGAUUUUAAUAAAUAAUGUUAGUGUCA